AAAGAUUAUAUCAGUUAAAUGUGAAAAAUGUCAAUCUUUCCGAGCAAGUGGUUGAUUUGGGCCAAUAACUGCAUUUAAAAGCUGUUCUGGACCGGUUUUUGUUAACUGUCAACUUUUCGGGAAUUUCUGGUUGACUUACCUAAUGGGGUUGGUCCAUAACUUUAAAGUCGCGCCGGUCAAAAAUCAUAAAAAGCGACAUUUAAAGUUAUGGUAGCCAGAACUAGUCAAAUUUCAGCAAAAGUUAUCGUCCAGUUUUCAAGACUCCCAAAUCGCUGUGAUUUGCCUCAACUUAACGAAACUUAGCCCCCAUUAACAUUCGUUCAAUUGAACGUCAUCAACAGAUGACGUCCAAUAUAUCACUCAUUCCAUACUGUCUUCUUAUCUUCCGCAAAUGCAUUUUUUUUAGUCACCGCCGAAUGCUUAUCUGGUCCAGUAGUGAAUAUCACAAUCACUGAUUCAUCAAAAGCAACACUCGGCUACACAGUGUAUAGUGGUGGUACAGGAUGUCCUUCAACAACCGUUACCAGUUUACCGUUUACCUACAUUAUGGACGCAAGAGUCUCAGGAUGUACAUUUAAACCCGGUACGGCGUUCACUUUGGUUGUUCAAAAAUAUGCUAAUUUCGCUACGGCAGACGACCGGGUAUAUGCAGUGACGUGUAGCGUGGAUUUGAUACCCCAGGUUUUAUCUGCAUCCGUCAACACAACGAUGCUCGACCAGACGUCUGCUGUCUCAGACACAUUUAACACAACGGUGACGUUUGCAGUUACGACCGAGACUGGAACCACACUUUCUACUGUCAGAGUUGGACAGGACGUGAAGUUGCUGGUGCGAAUUCCUGCGGCCGAUAACGCUGCUGUUGGAUUUACCAUCAGAACCGUUAAAUUCCAAGUAGGAAGUGUGCCAGCCGUGACAAUUAUAAGCGCAGGAUGCCCCGUUGGUGGCGCUCCUAUGAAUCCGCCAGUAAAGACGGAUAUCGGAAGUGGCGGCGUGCAGAAUGUUCCCUUCAAAAUGUUCGUUCCUGUGUCAAUAAGUAACAGGCCAACACCUACAUCGACUAUUGCAGCUGUCUCAAUUGAAGUCGAGGUUACACUUUGCAACGGAAAUUGUACAGCGGUGACUUGUACUACUGCAAGUGGAAGAAAACGUCGAUUCUCUGACACUGAUGUCAUGACAUUGACCAGACCACUGGUCAUCUUGCCGCCAAGCAUGAAUGACGUGAAUGAAACCGUCUACUAUAAGGAAAGAUCUGAGGCCCAACAGAUGCCCACCAUUCCCACCGCCCUGAUUGCAACUGUUGUCAGCCUUGGCCUGGUGCUCACACUUUGCAUCGUGGUGUUGGUGAUCAUGUUCUGUCGUCUUCGUCGACACGGUGACGCAAGGGACUCGAAGAAAUCCUCUUUCGAAAAUAAAGCUUACAAUUAAGUUGUUAAUGAGAAUUCAUGGUCUGUCUUGCUUAAUUCUGCAUAAAAUAUGGAGCUCAAUACCAACAUAGAAUAAGUUUCUCACGUUUCAUAAUGAACAUUUUUCGAGAUUUUAUUAAAAUCUUCUUGUGUAUUGCAUAUUAAUUGUUAUCAGAUUCAUAAUGACCAUUUUUCGAGAUUUUAUUUUAAUCUUCUUGUGUAUUGCAUAUGAAUUGUAAUACUUAACAAAUGCGAGUUACCUUUAAUGUCGGUUGCUAGAAUUAAAUAAGAUCAUGAAAGACAGUCGCAGAAGUGAAUAGGUAUAACGUGACGUGCUAGAGCUAUUCUAUAUUUUAUAUUCUAUUAUGUAUUAUAUAUAUUGUUUCUGAAAGAUAUGUUAGUUAAUUAACACUGUAUAAAACGUUUCGUUUCUUUAAAUUAUGUUGACAUUUACCUGCUCAUAGAUUUAAAAAAUGCAAUUCAAAAUAUAUGUCCUUUCGCUUUCGCUUUUCUUAGAAAAC